AUGUUGCCUAUGCAUACGCCACAAGAGCAGGAGCGUGACGCACGCUCCCAGCGAGCAUCACUAAGAAUCGUAGAGAGAGACGGAGACAAACCACUCCGUGAGAGUCUACGCUCGCGUGGUGUGACAAUUGUCACCCCUAAUGCGAAUGCCACUGAGAGCGUUCAAAUGAAUCAGACGACCUUGACACCUCAGCAAGCCGCAGAAAUCACGCCCUCUCUGUGGUCGACGAGGGAGUUUUACGCAUAUUAUGUGGCAGCUAUGAUUAUCAUACCAUACAUGAUCUAUGUACCGAUCUAUUUGAGCUCUGACAAGCGCCCUGAAUACCCUCGAUAUGCUAAUCGUUUGGUCAAGGGAUGGAUGGGUGGUCGGCUUCGCGAUGACAGUGACCACCAGUACCGCUUACUACGGAAAAAUGGAGUAAUUCUUAUGGCAGUGAUGACUGUUUAUGCCUUGCUAUCACACUGCAUUCGUUGGAUUGCUCAGCAAUGUAGGAACACUGUGUAUGCGAAACGCAUUCGUCUAGCGUUUCUGGGCGUGACUGGUCUUGUAUUUGUGACAGCACUGCACGGCGCAAAUGUAAUAAAACUGUUGCUUAUUGCGCUACUCAAUUAUGUGAUUGCGAGUAGUGCAGCAUGGCUUCCCCCAGCUGUCGUGACUUGCGCCGUAUGGAUGUUUAAUGGUGCUGUCCUGUUUCUGGUCUUUUAUACCAAUGGUGCACCGUACAAAACACUCUCACUUUCUCUUGCAUGGCUCGAUGAGCAUCCGGGACUGAUUCACAGAUGGUACAUCAGCUACAAUUUUACAAUGCUGCGCCUUGUGAGCUUUGCGAUGGAUUAUGUUUGGGCACGUAGCAGCCGGCACCAGCCAGUCUCUGCAGGCUCAGCGGGACGCGAGUCUAAAGUGCUGUCGUCAAAAGACCGAGCCACAUGGCCACAUGCACUAUCCAGUUAUACGUUCGUCACCCAAAUUACCUAUCUGUUCUACCCGCCGCUGUUUAUCGCCGGCCCACUUAUGACAUUCAAUGACUUUUACGCGCAGAUGUGUAAGCCUUUACACAUUCCAUUACGAGUCAUUGCUGGGUACGCAUUACGAUGCCAUCGUAUCGGUCUUGUCGAUUGA